AUGGAUAAACGUGACAAACUACCGAAGAGGUCGUCGAGAGCCUUAAAACGGCUCGAGGCACACCUGAUUAGCCCAAAUAACGAGGAAAGUUUUCGCGGCCAUGUGGGCCAUUCAUCAACGGAAGACAGCCCAGCCGAUAAAAAUGCUGGUAGUGCUCGGCGCAGUGUUCGCGAAAGCAAGGAUCGCCGACGAUCAAGAAGUCGUUCGCGUAAAUCAAAAUCUAGUGGUCGUGAGAGAGGAGAUCGUAGCCGUAGUUCUCGCCGAAGCGGUAGAAAAAGUGCACGGGAAGAGAGUCGAAGCCGUUCGCGUUCUCGGGCAAGGAAUACUCGAGGAAAACAUUCGCGCCGGUCGCACUCGACGUCCAGGGAACCGCCAGCGUGGGCAAAAGAACUGCUUUGCCAACAACGGCAAAAUGCAGUCGAUUUAAAAAAGCUAAAGUCGCAGGUCACAGGAAAACCAAACGAAGAUUCUACGACAACAGCGAGGGCCGUCGAGCACGAGUUUCGCUACGCCGGAAACAAGAAACAAUACGACGUCAAUCACUCAGUCAUGCAAAGAAUGGAUCGCGCGCUGGCCGCGGAUAAUCUAGACGAAGUGUCGAAGGAAAUUAGCGCAGGUAAGAGCUUACUUAUGGAACGAAACAAGCAUCUCUUACUUGCUGAUAAAUAUGGGUGGGACACCGUAGAAUGUUAUUCGGCUGAGCCCUUAGCUAGCGAUUCGGAGGAUGAGAAAAGGAUUAAGAGGGCGAUAAAAGAGAGCAAGUCACUGCGGAAUGAGAAAAAGGCGAGUAGUUCGCAUGUAAAAAUUAAGAAGCCUUUUCUCGGAGCAGACAAGUCAACUCCCAAUGUUGUCAAAGGGCAGGGCCCCUUCAACUUUAGAGCACGUAGGCAAGUUUUUCCCCCCUCAGGGGACAACCGAACAACAUGUUUCCGAUGUGGGAAGCCAGGACACUUUGCCAGAGAGUGCCGCUCAGCCAAUGCCCGGUUUGUUAUCUCGGGCGCUACAACGACCAACCAAAAUAGUUCCUCAAACUGAGGCAAAUUCCUUGACAGAGGCAGAACUGUUUCAUGAACAUAGUAUAAUAGUUGAUAAUUUACGAGAACACUCAUCGGUUAUUGUUAAAGGAAGAUUACGGUCGAACCUGACUUUUUGGGAAAACAUUGCGGCUAGCAGUUGGGUUCUUGAUAUUAUUCGUAAUGGAUAUUGUUUGCCCUUUCUUGAGCAACCAGAGAAAAAAUUUUCAAAUAAUCAUUCAUCCGCUACUAACAAUGCGGAUUUUGUUACAAAGGAACUUCAAAAACUUGUUUCAACAGGGGCUGUAGUGGAAGUACUGAAGCCUGAUCUGACUGUGUGCAACCCCCUCGGUGUAGUUCAGAAUUCGUCUGGGAAAUUACGGUUAAUCCUGGAUCUUCGAUAUGUAAAUAAACAUCUUCGUGUCACAAAAUUUAAAUAUGAGGACAUCCGGACUGCAUGUGACUUAUUCUCGAGGGGAGAUUGGUUUUUUAAGUUUGAUUACAAAAGUGGCUAUCACCACAUAGACAUCUUUCCAGAGCACACUAAGUUCUUGGGAUGCGCAUGGUGGUUUAACGGACAACUAAGAUAUUUUAAAUUUGCGGUUCUCCCAUUUGGCUUGGCAAGUGCGCCAUUUUUGUUCACAAAAAUCCAGAAAGCCUUAGUCAAGCACUGGAGGUGCCAGGGUAUCAGGAUUUUUACAUACUUGGACGAUGGCGCGGGUGCCGAGUCAAAUUAUGAGGAUGCAAAGAAAACAUCAUUAAUGGUUCAGCAGGACAUAAAAGCUAGCGGUUUCGUGGCUAACGAGGAGAAAAGUCAGUGGGAGCCGGUUCAGUGUGGGGAACUGUUAGGGUUCAUGAUAGACUUGGCCUCAGGUGUGUUCACUGUCCCGGACAGGCGUGUUGUGGCUUUUAGGGACGUCUUAAGUAAAAUUAUGACUAAUUCGUUUGUGGUUUCGGCACGGCAUCUUGCUCAAUUUACUGGUUUACUAUCAUCAAUGGGGUUGGCCCUUGGUCCUGUGGUGCGUCUCUGGACUAGAGAACUCUAUAGAUCCAUACAACAGUCGACAAGUUGGGAUCAGAAAUUUCGCUUAUCCGAAGAGGGUAGAAAUGAAAUUCUAUUUUGGCAUGAAAACUUUUCGAACAGUGGCCAGCCCAUUUGGGCUGCAUGUCCAAUCAUUGAAGUGAUGACAUAUUCCGAUGCCAGUGAUGUGGCAUGGGGUGGAUAUGCAGUUCAAUUGGGUGGGCAGACAGCUGUGGGCAGCUGGUCGGAGAAUGAGAGUGUAAAAAGCUCUACGUUUCGGGAGUUAAGGGGUGCGAGAUUGGUGUUAGAGUCAAUGGCACCACAGUUGGAGGGAAAGGAAGUGCGUCAUAGGACAGACAGCCAAAGUGCAGAAAGAAUUAUGACAGUCGGUAGUCGAAAUCCAGAACUACAUAAGGAAGCCAUCUUGCUCUACAAAGUAUGUAGAGAACAUAAUAUUCGUUUGUCGGUUGAGUGGGUCAGUCGAGAUUUGAAUGAGGAUGCGGACUACCUAUCUAGAUUGGAUGAUCCAGACGAUUACAAGUUAGAUCCAAAAGUAUUUGGAUCUAUUGACAAUUGUUGGGGCCCACACACAUAUGAUCGGUUUGCUAGUAUGAAAACCAACCAGCUACCACGUUUUUCAAGCAAGUAUAUGAACCCCGGUUGUGAUUCGACCGACGCAUUCACCGUUUCUUGGGUGGGUGAGAACAAUUGGCUUUUCCCUCCACCAUACUUAAUCCCUCGUGUGUUGCGCCAUAUGAAUGCCAAUAACGAAUAUGGUACUUUGCUUAUCCCUUACUGGCCUUCAGCACCAUGGUGGCCGUUGCUCAUCAACAAGCAGGGUUGUUGGAACUCGUUUGUGACAGGCUGCCUGGAACUUUCUACAUACAAUGGCAUAUUUAUAUCAGGAUCAUUGUCAAGCAAUAUAUUUACUGCGGGUGUGCCGCCUUUCGAGCUGCGGGCUCUCCAGUUGCGAUUCAAGUAGCAUGUGGUGGGAGGUCGUUUGGACCAAAGAACCCACAAGGUCGUGUGGACCAUAAAUCUACUGAGGUCGUUUGGACCUGUAGAUGAAAGUACAUUUAUAUUAGUGUUGAAUAAAAAAUCAUUGCCCUAUUUGUCGUUUGGACUAGCAAGGGGUAGGUCAUGUUGACCGGCGAAUAUUUUGUUGAGACUGUAUUUACGCAUGUAUUAGUUUUAACAUUAGGUCGGUUUGACCUGUGGCAUGUGUAGUAGGGUUUGCAUGGUUGUGUUGACCAUGGCAUGUACUGUAUAUAGAUACUGUUUAUUAUAUGAGCUAUUUGGGCUGAGGGGUUUAAUAUAAUAUAUGGUUAUGUAGGUUAAUCUGCCUUGUUCUUGCAGACCAUAAAUCUACUGAGGUUGUUUGGACCUGUAGAUGAAAGUACAUUUAUAUUAGUGUUGAAUAAAUCAUUGCCUUUUAUGUCGUUUGGACUAGCAAGGGUAGGUCAUGUUGACCAGCGCAUAUUUUGUCGAGACUGUAUUUACACAUGUAUUAGUUUCAACAUUAGGUCGGUUUGACCUGUGUGCAUGUGUAGUAAGGUUUGCAUGGUUGUGUUGGCCAUGGUAUGUACUGUGUAUAGAUACUGUUUAUUAUAUGAGCUAUUUGGGCUGAGGGGAUUAAUUAAUAUAAGAUAUGUUUAUGUUGGUUAAUCUGCAUUGUUCUUGUUAUUGUUUGGUGCAUGUAGUCUCAUUUAUUCUUAGUGCCAUGUCCUAGUGAGAUUCAAGUUGAAAACUGGCUUGAUCUUGAUCGGUUUGAUGAUCCAGAAUUGAAGAAGCUGGCUGAAUUGCUGCCUAGUAUCAUCAUUCAGGACAGAGCUGAGGGCACUAUAAAAACGUAUAUUAGUGCCUAUAGGCUUUGGAAACGUUGGGCGUGUACUCAUGGCGUAUGUCCAAUUCCGGCGGACGGGACCGCCUUGGCAUUGUAUAUUGUGUCCUUGAUACAACAACGACGAUCGGUGUCGUCGAUUAAUUCAGCAGUAUAUGGCAUUGAUUGGAUCCAUAAAAAGAAUGGCUAUGGACUUCCUAGCGUACAUUCUGUUGUGAAACAAGUGACUGACGCAGCUAGGCGAAUUCUAGCGAAACCCAAAUCAAGAAAAAAGCCUUUAUCUAGCACACAAGUUAAAUCGAUUGUGCAACGGUUGGAGAAAGGAUCCCUUGCUGAUCUCCAGGUAGCAGCGAUGUUUGCAUUGGGAUUCUAUGGCUUCCUUCGCUGGGAUGAUCUCAGUCGUAUUACCCCUGAGCAUCUCGAGUUUGCACCAACCCAUCUACUUGUUCACCUGGAGAAGAGAAAAAAUGACCAGUUCCGGAAAGGAACGCAAGUCCUGAUUGCAAGAGCGGACAGAGCACCAUGCCCGGUAGCUGUGGUUGAGAAAUUUCUGGGGAAGGGACGUCAUAAGCCAGGAAUCUCCAUUUGGAGACGUAUCCAGAGUACCAAAUAUGGUCAGGUACUUCGGAGUACGCCUAUGACAUACAGCCGUGCUAGCGAGUUGUUCAAGAAAGAAUUGGUGAAGGAAGGUCUUGAUGCUAAAGAUUAUGGUCUUCACAGUUUACGAUCUGGUGGUGCUACAACUGCAGCUGCUCUGGGUAUUCCAGACCGCCUGCUACAGAGGCAAGGAGGGUGGCGUACUGCGGAGGCAAAGAACAAUUACAUUGUUGAGUCAAAAAACUCGUUACUUCAUGUUACAAAAACAAUGCAGAAGGCAUAAAUUGUAUAAAAUAACUCUAUGCGUUGUGUGGUUGCGGCUGACGCUGCAGCAGCUCCCAGCGGUGUGUGAGAAGUGUUAUUUUCCGCUGGCUGAGGCACGAAAGAAGCGGAAAAUGUUUUCUCACACACUGCUGGGGGCCUGAUGAAAUCAGGGUGUUACAGGGUGGUGCAGGUUAUAUGAGCAUAUUUUUGUUGUUGCUCAACGUAGCUUGACAGUAUCCCGCCCACCCAGCCCUUUUAUGUUUAUUAGUACAGAACGGCAUUGGAUUGUAUAUAUAUGUACCUGUUAGGGUAAUUAUUAAGCGAGCAUUUGUAAUGUAUGGUAGUUUAAAUUAAUAAAUGUCAAGCUUGCGGCUGACGCUGCAGCAGCUCCCAGCGGUGUGUGAGAAACUAAAAUUUGAAUAUCAAAUUGCUAAUGACUUGUAUUGUUAAUGACUUGCAUCGCUACUGGAUACUAUAAAAUUUCAAACAUUAGGAUAACAACAUUAAAUGUUUACAGCACUUGGUAUUUCAAUGGUUUUUGAAUACUAUGAGUUUGCCACCUUGAUAAUAACCAGCCUGUGAUCAAAAUUUAGUCUAUAGCUGGAACCACCAUUGAGUUUCAGCAAUCUCCCAUUGACAAGUAAAGUCAUCUGGCAUUAGACAGAGUAAACCUAUUUCUCGUUGCAAAAACCUAGGUAAGGUUUUCUUUCUUUUUCUUAGUUUUUUUUUUAAAAAUGCGCAUGCAUGAGUAAAGGAAUACCGAAUGGUUUUCCGUGCAGGAUUGCGUGAUCCAUGCACGAGGGAUGUCGCGAGACUUUCGGAAAGCGUAAAAAUACUGGAGCCGCAGGCGAGUGUAUUUUUACGCUUUCCGAAAGUCGAGCAACAUCCCAAGUGCAUGGAUCACGCUAUCCUGCUUGGAAAACCAUUUGGUAAUUGUUUUAUAAAAUAACUACAGUGAAACAAUGACAUUUUGUGAAUCCCGCGAAAAUCCCGCGAAGGCAUUUUAAUUCCUCGUGCAGGAUAGCCUGCAUGGCUAUUGACCCUAUCCUGCACGGCUAUUGACCAAUCAAAUUGCGUGUUUCACUGUAGUUAUUAUAUAAAGUGAUAUUCUACAUCAAUUAUGGCAGUAGCAGGGGCAUAGGAAGCUUCUAAAAGGGGGGGCCAGGCUUGAGGGGCACUUUUCUGAAAAAAAAAGGCAUCUAAAAAUUUGUUCUCGGAAAUGUUGGAGAAAAAAAAUUUUCCGGACAUACAAAAAACAUUUUCCGGAUAUAUCACAUUUUUUUCUAAAUAUGAAAAAAAUUUUCCGGAUAUACCAAAAUUUUUUCCGGAUAUAUGAUAUUUUUCCCAGAAGUAGAAAAAAUUUUCCGCAAAUAACGUACAUUCAAGUUUUCAAAAGUGCCCUUUGGGCAAAACAAAAAUGCAAUCUUAAUGACAUUUUUCAUGCAAGAAAAGGGCACUCUGCUCCCGGAAAAAGGGCACUUGCCAAAAUUUGGGGGGCCUGGCCCCCCCCGGUUCCUACGCCCCUGGGCAGUAGAGAUGGCACAAACAUUCAUUAAAUGUUAUAUCAAUUUUGAAACAAACAGGUUGUACUUUAUAUACAUAGUAUGAAACUAACAACACAAACUGGGUAUGAAAAAUUGCGUCAAAAUCUUUGUAGACUUCAGAUAAAAAGAUUAGGGUCUGUGAUUUCAGUAGCCAGUUAAGUAGGGUGAGGAAACUCAGGUGUUUUUUUCUUUGGCCUUAACAUUAUGAAACAUACAGUAGUUUUACAAUAUUGCUUUACCUUAGCGUGGCCAUGUUUGCCAGUCUUGGAAGUUGACAUCUCGACGAUCUUGCACGGACGUUCUUUGAUCAUCACAUGGCCGUUCUUACGUAGAGACGAACACUGGGCGGGGUAGGUCUCUGACGCUCCCGAUUCCCCUCCCCCAAAAUUGGUAUCCACUUCAGCCAUUGUGAACGAUCAGGACAAAAUCUCUAGCAUGAAAUGAAAAACUAUUAUUACAGUAGAUAGUGGAAACCUGUAUAUAACAGCCUGCAUUAAGCUGGACAUUGUGUAUUUAGGGGACAGUAUCUAAGGUUACACUAUGAAACACACAUAAAUCCCAGAUAUAAAACAGCUACUAAAAAGACACGUCUGCUGCAGAAAAUGGACACCAAAACUGAUACAUAAAGCCACAAAAAACCUGUAUUAGUAUUGUGCUUCGAUUCAUAGAUGAGAUAGACUUGUUGAUAGUUUUGUCGGGCAGCAUCAAUCGUAUUGUACUGAAGAGUACUGAAAAGCAUGUGUAGAUUAAAAAUAAGUUGAUAAAUUCAGGUACUUCCAGGUGUAUUUGUGUGUCAAAAUGAAAAGUUCUUUGCAAGUCAACUUUCCGGUGUACUUGUACAGAAGUAUUAACCAACCAACAUUGAUCAUUCACUUGUCAAAAAGUGAAGUUUUAGAAUGUAAACAACUGUAGCUGAUUGCAAAAAUAUUUCUCUUAUUAUAUCGCAACUGUUUGGUUACAUUUGAAACAAGGCCAGAUUUUGGUGGAAGUAGUGGGGGAGGUGGAAAAAAUUUAGGGGAGGUGCAGCGGUCUAGCUUCCGAGUCACGACCCCCAUGGAAAAUUGACAUAUGCAUGUAGUGUACAUAGCAUUAUGUGAUCAGUGUAUUAAUGAAUUAUGACUGCACAACUCAUCCAAUUUUGCCCUUCAUUAAAAUUACCACAAAGUUUCUUUCAAAACAUUACACAGAGAUGAAUGGCUAUCACUGUUUCAAUUUUACAGUAAAACUUUCUUAUGAUGUGUUUCACUUUGAAGCUUCUCCAAGGGGAAGUGCAUGACUUUUCAGGGAAAGUGCAAAAAUUAUUAGGGGAGGUGCAAAACGAUCGCAAGGGAGGUGCAAAAUGAUCUCAGGGGAGAUGCGCACCUCCCCUCAAAAUCCGGCCAUGAUUUGAAAACAGAAACUUUGUGCAAUAUAGAAUCAUGAAAAAAUGUUAUGCCCAGAAUUUGACAGUAGCGAUUGACCAAUAAUCAGUAUCUGGCUGAUUUUCGUCUUAUCGGUAGACAAUCGGAAUCGGUAGAAUUACCUAUAUUUCCAAUGGUCUAAAACCAACUGUUGAGAAAAUACACACUUUAAAAAUUAUAUGCAUUGCACAUUGCAUUUUAAUGCAAUAUAUAUGUUAAAUUAAUAAAGCGUGAAUUAGUGAAGUGUGCUAUUCAGUAACGAUCUUUGGUUGCAGUAACAUGUUACGUUGGAAAAAAUCGACAUGAAUUAUGUCACCUUCACUCAGUCGAAUGAUAUUAUAACGUCAUUAUAAAAUCAGUAUCUGGCAGAUUGUGGCAUGAAUAACCGGUAAUUUCCGAUGUUGCACAAUCGGUCAAUCACUAUUCAACAGUGUUAUUCACACAAUUCAACAGCUGCACCAUCCAGUAAAUGGUUAGAGAUCAGUUUCGUAGAACAUCUCGCAAACCCCACCCGUUUUUGAGGCUAUUUCUACAAAGCUCAUAUGUACUUUUGAAAGUAUACACUAAAGAAACACCGUUCUAUCAAAAUUCUUUCGAUCUUAUGGGAUUGGUAGUUUUAUUAAGCGCACUGUGGAGCGAAAUUGAGCCAUUUCUAACUAUUUAUACAAACAAAAGUAUCAUUCCAAAUCACGAAACCCAAAUGGUCACACUACAUUAAACUAUUUGGUAAUCUGGCCCUAUCUUAUAACUAUCCCCAAGUAAUGGAUAGUAAUUGUCAUAUCUUUAAUUUCUACCCAUAAGCUUGUUGGUAUAGAAUGAAAAUUACCCUAAAUGAUUAAAAAGCCAAACACACGUUAUUUGUAGGCCAUGUUUUAAAAUUUGCCCAGACACCUUGGAAAUCCUAAAUCGCGUUCGUCAAAGCCGGUCAGGUUAAUAAAGACUCGAUAAGCGAUGUAUGUUGCAAAGAUCGGGCCCUGAAUAGGCCAAAAUUUUAGAAAAAAUCCAGUUUUCUUACCUUAAAACUUGAAAGAAUUUUCGAUUCUUUGCGCAACGUGGGAAAAGGAAGGCCACGAGUUCUCGUUCCGGGCAAAUCAGGCGCGUGGAAUAAUCGGGCUGGAGAAUUUAAGGGCCGUGGUCUCAAUCACUGCAAAAUCGACAGCAUUAGAAGAUUCAGCGAUUGUCUGACAAAAAGGCCAAACCUAAGUCUAUUCGAAUAAAAUAAUCUGGCGUUUGAAGCCAUAGCAAAACAUUACAGUAACACAACUCUUAACCUAAAUAAAAAAAGAAACAUCUUAAUACUGGGCGUUUAUUGGAAUAGUGGAAUACCCCCCCCCGGUGACAAUCGGAAAUCGACGAUAUCAUACCGAGUUUAUAUUAUGUAAAUAUUGUGUAAAUAUGUCAAGCGUAUACUGUUUGUAAACACUUUGUUAUUUAGUUAGACCAUUUCUGGAGCCAAGUUGUCGAUUUUUACCAUUAUAGAAGGUAGGGGAAGCUUUGUUUUGCUGUUAAGUCCCGUAACACGUUCUUGUUUCUCUGCAGAUUUUGUAUAUACGUGUUAAUAUAAUUUAUUAAAUGCCAUUUAAUAACACAAUAUUGUCGAGGAUAUAUGCAUGUACUUGAAUUUAAUGGUAGGCUACUCUCGGCUACUAUUUAUAGUCCGAAGAGGUCUGAGAAUUUAGCUAGCCUUUUUGUUGGGCCCUGCUUUGUUAUUUUACUCUGUCUAAUGCCAGGUGAUUUUACUUGUCAGGGGGAGAGUACUGCCAGCCUGCCACUUACCAUGCACCCUGUUAACCUUUAAUUGGCAAUGCGCCCAGAUGCUUCCUACUUUGUUAUUUUACUCUGUCUAACACCAGACGAUUUUACUUGAGAGUGCUGCCACUCAAUGGGUUAUUAAAGUAAAUAUGUCUCUCAUUGUUAUAAAUUACUAUAAAAACUCAAAAAUAUAAGACUUGACAGUUAGUCAACAAUUAAGUAUACCCUUCUGGAAAAUAUGUCAUUUUGGCUACAGAGCCUCGUUUUUGUGCAACUGACAUUAACUAUUAUAAUUAAACGUGACUGUAUCUUUCCAAUAAGAUUUCAAUGGCCUCGAGAGGAAAGUCUGAGACUGAAAAACUUAAGAAAAAUCUUGAAGAACAACUUGACAGGUUGAUGGUACAGUUGUCUGACUUGGAAGAAUGUAGGUUAGUAUAAAUCAGGUCUUUGUACUCCCAUCAUUUCAUGCGCAAAUGCCUGGACAUUCCAUACCCUAACUCUGAUCAUUUCAUUCAUACCCAAGCAAGGCAGCCCAUAAGGAGGGGCAAGGGGUGCAAAAGUGGCAAUUUGUCCUGGGCCCCAGCUAAAGGGGACACCCAAAUAAGCAUAAAGUAAAAUAUGCAUAGAAACCACAGUUAAAUAUUCUCCCAGAAUGUAGGAAAUGCUAUUCUAGGGAAUCUAGAUUUCAAAAUUUCCCUGCCCAGGGAGAAUGGGUAUGCGAGAACAGAACACACAUUGAAAAUGUUAUACGGUAUCUGUAUAAACCUUCAAAACCAAAGGAAAUAAUCUUGCUAAUUGUCCAAAACGUUAAAAAAUAUGGAAAUCAUGCAGUCUCUAAAAAGGCACAUAUAACUUAACAAGAAUUUUUGACAAUAGAAAAUCACUAGGGCCCCAAAUCUUUAAAUUUGCCCCGAAUCCCCAAAUUUCUCUGUGUGGCCCCGUACCCAAGCUCUGGUCAUUUCAUACCCAACUCUGGAUGGGUAUGUUGUGGGUAAAGUCUGCUUAUAGUUACAUACAGUAAUCUUAUUGCAGUAAUUACAGAUCUUUGAAAAGUUCUCUGAUCUCUCUUCAUACACUAGAGAUGAUUUAGAUCCAGAUGAAUAUGAAGAAACCAAGAGGGAGACAGUGGAUCAAUUGAAGGAAUUUAAGGAAUCUCUUGUCAAGUUUGCUGCUGGAAAUAUGACCUUGGUAGAUGAAAUUAGCGCCAUGCAACUGGUGAGGCUAUUGCUGAACUGCAGAUUUUACUGGUUUAAAACGCAUGUAUCAUUGACCUCUGCAAUUACACUCGCUGUCACGUAAAAUCUUGCAAGGUGUCAACAAGUUGUGUUUGCAACAGGCUUGUAGCAAGCUUAUCAACAAAUUAUAACAACACUGCUGUUUUAUCAAGUCGCUACAAAGUUGUCAUUCAUCAUGUUGACAAAUGUAAUGACAAGUGUUUAUAGAACAACUUGUGACAAGUCGGUUGAGCUCAACAACCUUGUAGAAAGCUGUCAACAAGCAGUGCUAACAUGUAUACUGUUGAACAAGUUGUUGGAGCAGUAUUGCUACAUGUCAAGUGUGUUUGGUACUUUUGCAUAAAUAUAUAAUAAUUAUGCAUUUGAUUACGCAGACCUGUCAAGUUUUGAAAAAUUUUAUGCGGGAAGGUAUUAAAUUUCCUUAGGUUAGUGUCGACAAGGUGCCACCAUAGUUGGCGCGCCCUGGCCCUGGGGGAAAUUUUGAAAUUUGAGUUUCCCAGAUCGCCAGAAAAUUGCCUUUCCGAGGUUUUUCUUCCGCCUUUUUCGAAGCACAAAGCUUGUAAGUGUCCAUGCUAUAAAAAUAUGAAAUUUUAUUCGUCGCGCCUCCUACCCAAACGGCAAAAAAUAGCGCUCCUCAGGCGUCUCCCAGCUUUUUGUCUCUUUUUGAUAUACGAUUGAGACACACAUUUUCAAGACUUCUGGGUACUGGCGUUGGCAAAAAGAAUGCAUUGAAGUAUUGAACAUUGUGUAAAUGAAAAGAAAUGGGAGUAAUUGUCUCACAGGAAGAAACCUCGACAAGUUAAGUUUAAGUUUAAAAAUGCGGGAAGAAAGUCACUUCAUGCGUGAUGCGUGAAAGCAAACAAAAAUGUGUGAAUUUCACGGUAAUUGCGGGAAACUUGAAAGGUCUGAUUACGAUUUACGGUACUUACAUGAUACCAGAUACAACGAUCUACAUUAUAAUAAAUUGUUAGAAUUUUCGAUGUGAAAUUCACGUCUGAAAUAACUCAUUCUGAAAGUUUCUUUCAACAAAAUACAGUUUGAUUGAAGUAUAUGUAAAGUGUAACUCUAUUUUGAGACUGGUACUAUAUACUAUCAGAGUCUCUAAUUGAACAAAUUAAUAGUACCGUACAGUUUGAUCAAAUUAAGGGUAUGUAGUGUAACUCUAUUAUUUUUAAGACUGGUUUUUACUAUCAACGUUUCUUUGAACAAAUUAGUAUAGUUUGAUCAAAGUGUGUGGCAAUUUACGUAAAAAAUUGUUACGUCAAAGUUUUAUACAUGAGAUGUUAUUACUGCAUGUGACUGCAGAGACUUCGAAAUUGUACCAAACGUGCAUUUAUCAGUUUCGAUCCUUUAUCCUGUCAUAGGCAUUACAAGCUGCAAUAAGUGAUGCAUUCAAAACUCCUGAAGUAAUCCGAAUGUUUGCGAAGAAACAACCAGGACAGCUCAGGAACAGAUUGGCUGAGGUACAGUGUGGUACAGAUGUAGCAGUGUUGGUCACACAGUGCAUGGUUAGUGCAUGUGACUUUCAUCUCUGACCUGGAUUUGAUUCCAGGAAUAUGAUGCGGUCUGAUUAUAAUUUUGGCUCAGUUCCAUGAUGUGAGAAGAGUAUACUUAGAACUAUAUGCCGUAUUAAAAGUCUGACCUCCUCUUAUUUUGUCUAAGUAACACUAGAAUAGUUAGAUUUUCUUCAGAAAUCAAUAGCGAGCUUAAGAUGCACCAGAUCUACGACGCGGACGUGAAGAAAAACUGUAACAAAGUCAGAGACACUAGUAAAGCAAAAUAAAACUGGAUUUCAAACAUUAGCAACGGUUUUUAUGUCACGUCCGCGUCGUAGAUUUGGUGCAUCUUAAGCUCGCUAAUGCCCAUUGUAUAAGGUAUGUAUGUAUGCAUGCAUGUCACCGAGUUCAUCAAGAUCUGAUAGAACUGUCCAGUGCAUGGUGAUAAAAUGGGUUGAUAAAAUUAGGUUUUGGCCUCCUGUACUAAUACUGGACAUGCAUUGCUGGAUGUCAAGAGAACAAUUUCGACUGAACUGUUAGAGUUAUUUAUCAGUUGAAAUAAAACUCAUUCCAUAGAUCUGUCCAAAACAAAACUCCAACUUUUUAUUCUUUUAUUCUAUAGCUCCAAAGAGAUGUUAAAACUGGCCAGAUCAGUGAAGAUGUCUACACACAACAAGCAGUUGAAAUGCUUACAGCUUUAAAGAAGCUAGGCGAAACGGUAAGUAGAUGAUAAAACAUUGAAAGCUAUCUUCACUCAACUCUUAAGUCUCCAUUUCAUGUACAUGCAUUAGAAAAAAUCUUUCGUAGAAAUUUCCUUGUAAGUUUUCAAGGCGAUAAAUGGAACCUCGUUUAUUAUUUCGCAUGCAAAGCUUUCGAGUAAACCUGCAUGGUUCUUCGUUGGUAAUAUCCAUAUACAGAAGAUUUCAUUGGAGGUUGUACUGUAUACCACUCAUUGCCUGGCAAGGGUUUCCGCUUUCCUGGAAGAAAGGAAUAUUUGCAUUGAUAAAGUUCCAUGCAAGCUUACGGAUCGAAAGCCGUAAGGCGUAAUUAAGAAUAUAUUAACCAGGGGCCGGUUGUAUAAAACUCUUAAUCACUUUUUUAAUCACUAUUUUGUAGUUAAAUAGUGAUUAACUCAAAUACGCGCUUCUUAUAUUGGAUGACGUUUCCACCAACUAUAGUUAGACUAGUUAACUUUAAUCACUUUUUUAUACAACCGGUCCCAGUAUUACAAAGCAAAACAAUUAAGAUCAUUCAUUUUGCGCGGAACUGAUUCAUGAAACUGUAUUUCUUGUUUUUAGUUGAAACCGGGAGAAGUUGAAUUUCUUGCGAAAAAUACAAGUGCUGCUCUCAGUGAGUUUGAACGAAUAUCCGAAUCAAUGGGUAUGUCAUUCAUGCAGUUACUGCGAAAAGACUCGCUUUCACUCACGCAACGUUUGCUUCACCUAGUUUCACCUGUGCUCACGAUGUUCCCAAACCAAUCAAUGGCUAUAACCUUUUAUCAGCAGCACAAACGCUGCAUGACAUAUUUAUUUACGAGUGAUUUCUAUUUUUCUUUCUUACAGGUACUGGUGAAAAACUGUUGGCAGUCGCUGGAUCGCAAGUGGAAAAGGCUCAAAGAUGA